AUGUCCUCACCAAGACCAAUGCGCCUCUCCCUCUCGACCCUUGCAAUCGUCCUGGUCACCCUCUUUCGUCGUACCUCAGCCCAGAACAUUGUCCCAACAUCAUCUUCUAGCAGUUUUCCCGGUUGCGCCCUCUCUUGCACCGUUCUCCUACAGGCGCAAUCUCUCUGCGUACCACCCAAUGUUCCAACUACGAGUGAAAUCACCUACGAGAAUUGUUUCUGUCAGAGCAGUCUAUUGCAAGCCCUUUAUGGCACUCCGGAUUCGAUUUGCGCCGGCGAAUGCACCAUCGAGGCCGAUCGCCAACUGCUGCAGACAUGGUUCACGGGAUUCUGCGCACAAGUGGGUAAAGGCGUCGACCCGCUUGCAUCCACAGCAACUACGUCUCCCACGUCUGCAACCGUCGUGACCGUCACAUCUACUUCCCCGCCGCAAGCCACCAACACGGCCACAGGAAGCACGUCGGCCUCAGCUUCGUCCUCUCACCAGUCCUGGAUUGAGGGACACUGGCGAUGGAUCCUUAUGCUAGGUAUUCUGGCGGUCGGCUUCGCACUCCUCACAUGGCUUGCCAUCUGGUUGAAGCGUCGACACGGAAGGAAAGUUGAGGAGCGGAGGGCUACUAUCUCGGGCUUUCCGACCGCUUCAGAGAAAAGAGACGGAGCCCAUUCUGCGACCCCGGAUCUCUGGGGCCCACAUCAGCACAUGCAUCAUACCAAGGGAUGGGAAUAUAGCGAAGGCCGUGGAGUCAUGGGAAGUGGUGCUCUCGGUGCUGCUGCUGCUGGAAAACCGGGCAGGCAAUCGAAAAGACUUUCGUCUUCGAAAGACAGGCAUUACCGCAACCACAACGAAAUGGCGGACGAGAAUUCCCGUCCCAUCGCUUCCAGACAGCAAUCCUCAAAGGGCAAAGCUAGAGCUUCGGAUGAAGCCGUGGAACUUGAUCCCGAGAUUGUCGAGACGGAUGGAAGCCGAGACAGGGGCCAAAAGCGACGAAACCCUGAGCGGGCUCGGAAGGAACGGCGAUAG